AUGGGCGGCAAGCGUGCUAGUGGCGCUGCUGCUUCAGCGUCGCGCGGUCCGCCGAAGUCGGCCGCCCGCCGCGGUGGCAGAGGCAGCGCUUGUGCAUCGGACUCGGGCUUUUGCCAUCGUUGCGAGCAGCCAGUCGACGUCGCGUCGUCGAAGCGCGGCGGGCACCCCACGGCGCCGUGGAUCGGCUGCGACAACUGCUGGGUGACCUUCGAGAGGCACUACUGCGAGGACAACGCCUGGCCCGACAUCUGCGAGCGCAGCCGCGAGGAUCCAGACUUCAGCGCCGAGUUCGGCGCGAGGGCCACUGCGGACUUGGAGCUAGAGAGCCAAGUGGCAACGGCAGCGGAGCGUGGCAGCGUCGAGGUGGCCACGUACUACGGACAGGAGGUCAGCACUUCGAUGGUGCAGCUCACCCCGAAGCAGUGGGCUUCACAAGUGGCUCCUCGCGGGACCGUUGGCAUCACGCCCGAGAUGUGCGACCUGAUCCAGUCUCGCGUUCCGUCCUCCUGCCAGCCAGGAGUCAACACCACGGGCGUGAUCAUCGCAGAUCCAGAUCAGCCAUACGUCAGCAUCAGGAACUACACGAGGACAGAAGUGAGGAUGGCAUCCACCAGGCUGACGCCCCAGCAGGCCGUCAAGGCGGGUGCAGAGACGGACGCCGUCAAGCGGGAGGUGACGAAGCUGCGGCAGCAGCAGGCGGUCGCCGUCAGAGGGUUCGCAAAGGUCCCGACGAUCACAGAGCUGCAGAACGCCAAGGCCGCCGUGGACGAUCCCCUCAUGGCGAUUGGGAACGGCACAUUGCAUGAGGACGUGGAGUCAGUUUUCCCAGGCGCCAGCGGUGGCCAGAGAGCUGGGGGCGCUGCGCAUUCGCCUGCGGGGGCACCCAGUGCUGGGAUGGAUUCGGGCAUCUCUGCCAGCUCCGCGGUCGCUCUACACAUCUCCAGUCAGCCCUUAGUCAAGGCGAAGUCGGGCGCGGCGGCUUCGCACCCAGGCCAGGUCACGGCGCGCUUCGACGGCUACAAGAACGACCUGGUGAUCCACGAGAUCUUGGAUGGGAGCCUCAGGGGGGACCGAUCCUACGGCUUGAAGAGGUUUAAGCCGAAGUCCCCCAGCCUUUCCGUGAUGGUGAACAAGCUCACUUCGAAAGUUGAGGCGGCGAGCGCCCUGUCCACCAACAUCAGCACCAUGCAAUGGACCCAGGUCCUCACCCACCUGAAGGAGCUCAGCCCAGACGAUGUGGAGGCCACGGCUGUCUUUCGCAAGACGCUCUUGAAGAAGUUCGUGCAGCACUCUAUCUCCGAUGGCGAGGUGGUCAUUGAGACUCUGAUCCCGUGGUCUCCCCACCCUGAUGACUUCGACAUGACUGCCCCCAAUGUGUCGUCUAUGAAGGGCAUGUCUGAUAGCGAGAAGGUUGACCUAGUUCGAGAGGUGCUCUUGGAUGACAUCGUCCUUCCCCAGUUGGAGGAUCCUGCGAGGGUCACCUUCCUCCAGGCCAUUGGCAAGCUCCUCAAGGAUACGUUCCCGAAGCUCGGUGACCAGUGCCCACCCGAGAUCGCUGAGUUCUGCAAGCACGUCCAGGCGCUUGGCAUGCUACUGUUUCACUUACCGAACAACGACCCCCUGAGCUUCGCGGAGUGUGACCCCCACAUGGGCGUGAUGAUUGCACUCUUGACUGGCGUCACCGACGCUGCCGAGUGGCAUCCUGUGGCUGAGGUGCUGGGUAACAGCGCUCCGUGGGCAGACUACAAAUCGACCUUCAGGAGGGCAGCCUCAACAGACAUUCAGCUUGCCCCCAGGAUGAAGAAGACCAUCGAACAGCUCGAGACUACAGAGGGCAACACGCUUGAAGGCAUCGAGCUCAUGAGCACCGUUCUCGUGGAGAUCGGGUCGUGGAGAAAGGUGUGCCGCGGGUCAUCGAGAUCGACAGGCGGCGCAGAGAUCGUCAUGCAGGGCAGGCUCGAGAAGGCCAUCGCAGACCUCCUGGGGACGACCGCAGAUUCAGUGGACGUGAAGGUCGGGGAGGCGCUGAUCGAGCUGUACUCCAAGUUCGCACGCGUGAAGGGGUUCGAGCCCGACACCGCGGACGACCCGUGCGGAAGCAAGUACGGUGAUCUCAUCAACCACGUGGACCACGCAUCGAGGUGCCGUGUCGAAGGCAGCUUCAGGAAUACCAUCGAGAAGUACAACACUGGGGCUAACUGCCAUCAGGUGGCCACUGAGAUCAAGGCGUUCGUGGAAGAGAACAAGGGCAUGCAGAUGCCGCUGCUGGUGGACGCCGAGCACCUCGUCAAGGCCACUCUCCACGUCGCCGAUCACAUCGGCCUCCUGCUGUACGACGCGCAGCUCGACACGCUGGGAGCCGUCGGGGACCUGAUCCAGGAUGCGAUCGACAAACACGCGCUGGCCGCCACGAUGCUGUCCUGCGUCACGCCUGACCCCUCGUUCAGGCCCAGCCUGGACGCCGUUUCAGACCGCCUCGCCGACACGUUCUCGGUCAUCCAGGUCGCGAAGUACGCUGUGGCCUUCUACGAGACGGGCGACGAGGACGCCGCCGAACUGCGCAGUGCUUGGGAGCGGCUGGACAGUUCCCUGGACGACGGCAUCCCAUGCGCCUCGAAGCCGCACGAUGACAUCCUGCAGGAGCUUGGCUGUUCCAAGUAUGAGGGUUUCGUUGCUCGGGCCGAGAAGUGGCACCAGGUGGCCAAGGACCUCUGGUCCGAGUAUGCGCAGAGCCAGAUGGACCAGCUGCUCGACGAAGGGCGCGUGCUCUUCGCGGUCUUGCAGAAGUUGUCGGGAGGGAUGUUGAACGGCAGCCACUUCAUGGACGGUUUCGCUGGGGAGGCGACUGACUUCGCUCAGACGAUCGGCCACUUGAAGGUGGGGCUCUUCAAGCAGACGGGGGUCUCGAACAGGCUCAAGGACGCCUACCGUGCUGUGCAGCACAAGCUCGGACGCGCCGUCGAGGAGUCGAAGCGCUUGAAGGUGCCACUCGAGAAGUGGCAGGCCACUCAUGGCCAGUGGCGCGAUGGCCUGGCGAAGGCCGACGUGACGUUGACGACGGCAGCCAUCGCCCAGUGCGCGAAAGAUCGCAAGACUGACGAGGUCACCAAGGCCAACCUCCAGCGCGCGCUGGACCAGAUGCAGGCCAGGAAGGUCAGCAUCGAGUCGCUGCCAGCAUCCGUUUGGGAGCAGGCGCAGCAGACGCUGGCUGCUUGA